AAGAUUUAAUAGUGGACGACAAGCGACAUCUCAUAUUUUAUACAGAUAGACAGCUUCAACUAUUAUCUAAGGCGAAGACAUGGUAUAUGGAUGGGACAUUUCGAUGUGUCAACAAUCCUUGGAAGCAACUCUUUUCCAUUCACGGCUUUGUUAAGUCUGGUAGCCACAUCAAGCAAAUCCCCUUGGUGUUUGUAAUUAUGUCUGGAAAGAGGAAAGAAGACUACUACCAGGUUCUGAGGUUCAUAGACAGAAAGCUUCCAGAACACAUCUCGUUGGAGGGAUUUGUGGCUGAUUUUGAAGCUGCACUUUGGCAGGCUCUUAAGGAGCGGUUCCCUCGCAUGCCAAUCCAGGGUAGUGCUUUUCACUGGACACAGGCUGUGUUCCGAAAGGUCCAGGAACAUGGUUUACAGACAGCGUACAACAGAAAGGACAAAGUCUUUAAGUUCGUCCAUCAGCUACUCGCCUUGCCAUUCCUCCCACCGGAACAUAUCAAGGAUACUUUCCACCGUCUGGAUGGCCGUGCUACUGAGGUCUUAGCUCCCGUAAUGGACUACGUAUAUAGAACAUGGAUUCGUAGUCCAAUCUAUGAAAUCCAUCACUGGAGUGUCUUCAUGACAGCCAUCCGGACCAACAAUGAUGUAGAGGGGUGGCACAACAGAUUAAAUACAAAUGUGGCCACCAGGGGACCUGUGCCCUUCUACCAUCUUAUUGUAGUCCUUUACAGAGAGCUGGGCUACUCCAAAAAUGAACCCUGGUCCAAGAUCAUGAAACAGUCUUAG